AGCACUCAUCAUCUGGAGCAAAAAGGAGCGGGAAGUUGAUCAAAACAGACAGUUGUGAGUUUAAUAGCUACAGACAGGGACGAGUCUGCCAGUGACAAGUGUUGACUGUCAGUCAGAGGGGAAGUUUCAGACUUCUCUGUCUGAGUUGUAUUGGAAAAUUGGUCCCCGAAGGUUCCUGUGAGUGUGAGCACAAGCUUGUGUUGGACUGGUUGUACAAGCGCUCAUCUGUUAUGCCAGGGUUUUUGGAGGCAAGACAAGCAAGGCUUGCAAUCAUGGAUUCUGUUUUCAUCAUGGAAGACUUGAAUGAGUACUACUACAGACAAUUGGCUGCAAGCAUUCAGGAUGCCGAUCUCCAGCAGAAGUUGGAUUUUGAGAUCAAGAUGCGAGACGGCACCACCAAACUGCUGCAGGCCUGCAAGCACGAGGCCCAGGCUGUGGAGGCUGCCAAGAACCUGCUCACCUCCAACACAAGAAUGAUGGCGUACAUGAGUGAGCUACAGAGACGUAAGACAGCAGAGGUGAUGGGGAAGGAGAACUCAGAAGCAACCAACGGUCAUCAGGCCAGGGAGCCAUGUAAAGCCAAGGUUGCAGUAUCAGACAUUCGUAUCCCCCUGAUGUGGCGUGAGCCUGAGCUGUCUAAGACCCGUGGAGAGGGGCGGAGGUGUGCAGUGUUCUGUGUGCUGAAGCAGGGGCUGAACAUACAGGACACACAGCUGGUGCAUGUGGACAGGACCAUGACAGACAUCACCUUUGAUGACAUCAUUGUUUUUGAGGAUGUUGUGCAUGACUUCUCGCUGACAGUAGAGGUGUACUACACAGUGUUGGAGGAUGACCUGGCCUUCGCCAGCACACCCAGGAAAAUCAAACACAAGAUCAACAGCAUGUCUGCCUCCAUAGGCAAGUCUAUGGGCAAGAAAGUACAGGCUUAUUUGGAAAGAUCAGACUCUGCUCCAGGAUCCAACCCUUGUAACAUAGGUCCCAAGUUCCACCUUGCUGCUAGUGUUGAACUCAGUCUCCGAGAUGCCAGUGACUCCAUCAGAACACAUGACCUCAGUGUGGGCUCAAAAGACAGUAGUAGCCACAUCUCCCUGUAUGGGAAUCUUUGUUGCCGGCUGGCCGUCCAGCCCAGGUGCAUGGUGGAGGAAUGUGCUGCUGGCUUCCUCAACUUACAGGAACUACCAAAUGAGGAGAUGGUGGGUGGCCUGCCCAACUGGACCAGGAGGUGGUGUGUACUGAAGGGGCCGUACCUCAGGACCUGGGCUUACCCUGAGGAGAUGGAGGAGAAAGAACCACUCCUGUCACUACACAUCAGACAGGACACCAGAGUGGUUGAGGUUGACAAGAUGACGAUGAAGAGACCGAACAGUUUUGACGUGAUCACCCGAGUGUCAGGAGAGGACCAGCCCCACAUCUUUGCUGCUGACACCAAGGAGGACAGGGACACCUGGGUACAGGCAUUCCAGCGGCACUUCGCUCAUGCAGAAGCAUGGCAGCAGGCGUACCACUGUAUGAUGCCCAUCCACGUCCCCACACCCUGCAAGCUGCCGGCUUUCCUCAGGAAGGGAUCGCUGUAUGAUGAUCUGUCUGUGGACUCACCCACCAAAGAUUCCGUGGAAUUCUCCAGUGAGGAUGAUCGGAUAUCCCAGAGUUCCCUGGGCUCCCGAGGGUCGGGGGACGAAGUCUUCAACACUUCAGAAAUGAUGAUGGCACCACCAUGGGCACUGCUCUUCCAGGGCAAGGCCAUCAAAGUGACCAAACCCAACGCAGCUUCCGAUGACUCAGCCGAGGUCAGUACCAAGCCCAUCCCAGCUGAGAGAAGACUUGUCCAGCAGGCCAGGACAGACUCCACCAGUAGCAGUGACUCCCUCCCAGUGGUCAAACCCGUGCCGUCCCCUCGCUCCAACAAGGUGACCACAGGCUCAGCAUCCUCACAGGAGUCGGGGGGAACCCCAAGGGAGAAGCCUGUACCAGCGAAACGACAGGGCAGGGGGACGUCCUCAGGGUCAGAGUCAUCAGGAGCAGAGCAGACCUCGGAGACAGCCGCUAAGCUCCCCAGACCGCAGGAGCGGGGAGGGAAGGUCUCCGGGUCGGAGUCGUCUGAUGACGGCUCGAGUGGCAGAGGGAGUAUCUCGAGUGGAUCUGGCACUACAAACCCACCUCCUAAACCUCCCAGGCUGGCCGGGGGGUCUACUGGAGAUAGGUAGUCACACAGGUACAAUCAGUCUAUAAAGUUUACCCUUCAUUCAAAAGUCUUGACCUCAGAUUUUGGACUAUAAAGCUGCACUUUUGAACCUUGAUGUGUCAGCAAUAUAAGUGAAGGGCAUAAGAUUGUUUUUUCUCUCAAUUUAGCAUUUGAUUCUGUACAAUAUAAAAAAAGAGACGUUUUCCAGAUAUUCUUUGAUACAUCAUAAUUUGUACAGGAGUGCAGAAUUUUGGAUUGUGAACGCCUCAUGUAAAAAAUUAAGAAAAAAAGUCAGACAGGUCUAAAUUUUUUUGUAGCAUCUCAGUUCAUACCUCCUAACUCCAAUGUCUGGUUUUGUAUUUCUUUCAACUUCCCCAUCAUCACAAAAAGUGUCACAUGUAUUGUCUUAUUAUUCUAGAUGAUAAAUUAUGAAAGAUAUCCAAAUGUAAUUCUCACAGGACUUUGACUUUUGGAGAAUUGCGCACCAGCAAAACCAGGCGCCAAAGGACAAAUAACAACCUGAACAUUUGGCCAAGUUUGUUUUGUCUUUGUCAAAGUGAACUUUUGAACCGCCCCCACCACAAAGAGUGCUCCCUCUGAAAAAGUGCUUGUUUUGCAUUUUGCCUUUGUUCUCAUAUAGUCGUUAGUGUAAACAUACAGGUGCGCUAACAAUAAAACACACAAGACCACUGGCAGCAGAGAAAUUCACAUUAGUAAAACUUCCUUUAUUGAAAAAUAAAUCAUUUAUGAUCAGGAUCGCCUUGUUUAUAUGAUAAAGAAUGACACUGUUGAUAUGAUGUACGAGUUAGUGAAGCAAAGGCUAUGAAAGGGUUAUUGGAGAGCAUGGAGUGCUGUAUCUCAGGCAAACUCCCAACAGCAAAUAUGCUCACCUUUGAUAUGUGAACAUUUAGAGUACAUGUAUUUUGUUGCUAUUCAAGUGCUUUAUACUGAGGUGCUAGUUUAAAAACAAUUGACACAAUUUAGAUAGCAAAGGUAACCAUAACAAAUAGAUGUCGUAAUGUAGAAAGAAAAUUGAUAUUUUGUACUUUUCGCCUCUUUCAGAAUGUAUGUACAAACAGGAGUCUCAAUUGUUUCUGCUUAUGCUUUGAAGCUUAAAUUUUCAAGAUGUCUUGGACCUAAUGUUAAGCCCUAGCGUGUUGAAAAAUCCUCAAAGCUUUGUUUUGUAAGGAUUGGGGCACAUAAUUGUGUGUAAAUGUAUUAUUGUGGAAACCUGAUGUUUUUGGCAAUGCUCUCAGGGAGCGAGCCCAUCCAUUCAUCAUGUGUGCAAUUGUAUCAUGUUGAUGAGAUUAUAUCAAAGUGCCUGUUUUUGUCCUGUCAGAUAUACAUGUAACACUAAGAAGCCACAAACAAAGCUUUUCCACAAAUUUUGAGGUGAUAUGCAUUGCCCAAAUCAUAACAAUUUUGCAAAACUUCUCGGUUAUGAUUUUUCUCAACCAGAGAAAUUAUGGAAAAGCUGUGAGAGAUCUCAUACAUGUAACUAUAACCUAAUGUUAAGUAGAAAUUGUAAGAAAUAAUAACUUUGUACAAAAUGUAUUGUCAUAAAAUUUUAUUUUUGCAAUCUGUAAAUUUUUCUCAACAUUUCUUUUUUUUGCCUCCAUUGUCAGUGUUACAAUACAGCUUCCAUACUGAUGUAUAGCACAAUAACAUGCUGCGAUGCAGCCAAACUCUGCCAAAAGAAGUCAAAACUGUAAAUCAUAAAUGUAAAACAGCCACUGAAAAUGUGUUUUUGUUUUCUAGCAGCAAAUCUGUUACGUAGACUGUUUACACUCAUACACUGUGAACAUGACUUCUUUGUGACAGUGUUAUACUUUGCUAAGGACUGUACUUAUUGUAAUAUGUGAGAGAACAACUAAUGCAUUAACUUCUAAUCAAGAGAAAGUGUUCUAUUUAAUGUACAUUCGAUGUUAUGUUUUAAAGUUCAAUAAAGAAGCUUGCAGGAACAUA